CUUGACCGGUCGGCAACUUUUGUACAUAAAAACACAAAUAUACUAGCGACAAGUAGACAAGUUAACGAUAUAUCAACAAAAUGAACUACAUCUGUAGAAAUGUAGGAUCAAAAUGUAACGAAGCAACAUUUUCGCGCUUGCAAAUAUAUUUACACUCCUGUACGAUAAUUACUGUAAUAUCUUUAUGCACUUUAUUAUGUUGCUCGCACAUCGAGAGGGUUCGUACGAAAUCGAUUAAAUGCAACACGUCUAAAGUUAGUAAAGCUAAGACUGGCCGUGAACUUUGAAUAUCACGGAAUAAUAUCACGUGCGUCAUAACAUGAAAGCACGUUAGCUUGCGAUAUAGAAAUUCGUCGACAUUGCACCAGUGACCUCGCCAACUGGUUCGCUUUGUAACUCUGCAGGGUCGUUUUAUUUCAUAUUGUCACGCAAAUCUUCAAGGAUUAUUGUAAAUAUGGCAACAAACGCUGCAAAAGCUGUUUUAAAGCAGGGUAAAAGUGUUCUGUUAAUAUGUGACGUUCAAGAGAAAUUCGCUAAGGUUAUGUUCGAAUUUGAUAAAAUCACACAAAACUCGGUGAAAUUGAUAAAUGCAUUGAAGCUUCUAAACGUUCCUAUAAUCGUUUCUGAGCAAAAUCCAAAGGCUCUGGGUAAAACCAUUUCCCAAUUUGAUAUUUCUGGUGCCAAAGGGCCAUUUGAAAAGACUCAAUUUAGCAUGUGUAUUCCUGAAAUAAGCAAGGAACUUUCUACAAUUUGUGCUGGUCAAAAACCAGAUUCAGUUAUUCUCAUUGGUCUUGAAACCCAUGUAUGCAUAGAGAAUACAGCAAUCGACUUAAGACAAGAUGGAUAUGAAGUACACACUGUUGCAGACUGCUGUACUUCUCGUACUCAAGAAGAUAGAUUAUUGGCCUUACAGAGGAUGAGAGAUAUAGGGUGCCAUAUAGCUACUUCAGAAAAUAUUAUUUUCAAGUUACUAGCUGAUGCAAAGCACAAGGAAUUCAAAAAUAUUCAAAGUUUGGUAAAAACACCAACGCAAUAUACUAAUCUAGUCCCUCUUGCAAAGAUAUAAAUCACAAUGAUAAAUAUAAAAUCCUCGAGACUAGUAGGAAAAAAUAUUUUUUAGAAUGAUGUACAAAAAUGACAUAAUCUUUAUUAAAUAAAAUUUAAUAGAAAGAAUACAAAAA